AUUUUUCAUGGAUACUAUGUUUGUGCUGUAUUUUAGAGGGUCACGUAAAAUCUCUGCAACUCUCUUGUUUCUAGUCUUCACGCCUUUACAAAUUACAACUCUCCUUUUCUCAUUCCAAUUCCGAAUAAUCGAUCGAAUAAUCCAUCUAUUCAUCCAUCGUCAUCAUCAUGUAGAACCCUGAUUAGAAUCUCUCUCUUUUUUUUUUUUUUCCCCUUUCCUUUUCCUUUUUCUCCCAGACCCACAAGAAAAAAUUACAACCAAUUUCCUUCAUAUAUUUGUACACAGCAUCGAUGCUCUGUAGGAGAUGGUAAGGUGAUGAUGAUGGGUGGAGGAGGCGGGUCGUUUGUGGUCUCUGCGGAUCCGGGUAUGGCUGGGUUGAAGAAAAAGAGUACCGGGUCUCGGAGCUGGAUUCUCCUCGAUGCUUCUGGCGAAGAAAAGAUGUUGGACGUAGACAAACACGUAAUCAUGCAUCGCGUGCAAAUUCAUGCCCGUGAUCUCCGUAUUCUCGACCCCGAUUUGAAGUAUCCCUCUGCCAUUCUCGGCCGUGAGGGCGCCAUUGUGCUUAAUUUAGAGCAUAUCAAGGCUAUUAUUACUGCUGAAGAGGUUCUUCUUCGAGAACCACUGAAGGAAAAGGUUAUACCUGUUGUUGAAGAACUAAGAAGGAAAUUGAAGCCAACAAAUGAGGAUGUCAAGGAGUCGGCUGCACAUCAUGAUGCUGAAAAUGCUGAAGAGGAUGAAUCUCCUUUUGAAUUUAGGGCCUUAGAGGUUGCACUGGAAGCAAUAUGCAGUCAUCUGGCAGCUCGUACUGUAGAGUUGGAAACUGCUUUCUACCCUGCUUUAGAUACACUAACUUCAAAGGUAAGGGAUGAGCUGGAACAACUUUUGGAUGAUGAUGAUGAUAUGGCAGACCUGUACUUGUCAAGAAAAUUAGCUGGUGCAUCUCCCACAAGUAGAUCUGGUGCUGCUGCCGGUUGGUUUCUUGCCUCCCCAACUAUAGGUUCUAAGAUAUCUAGAGCUAGUAGAGCAAGUAUAGCCACAAUAAGGGAUGACGAGAAUGAUGUUGAGGAGCUUGAGAUGUUACUUGAGGACUAUUUCAUGCAAAUUGAUGAGACCUUAAGCAAGUUAACAACGGUAUGUGAAACUCUUCCAUUACUCUAGUUUGUCAUGUGUAAGGUGAUAAGAUACAUUUAUUUAACCAGAAUUGCAUGGGUUUUCACAUUCAUAAUACUAUGCAGUACAGUACAGUAACUGGUUCAAGCUAUGCUGGUUUUUCUCAAUUGUCAAUGACCAUACGGAGUGCUUUCUCUAAAUGAAUUGCAUGGAGGAGAAAGAAAUUAUAUGUUUCAAGGAAAUAUUUGAAUCCAUUCUUUACAUUAGGCCAUUUUUGUGAAGUUUCUUAUGUAUGACUGAUCUGUGAAUUGUAAUUUCUCAGCUACGUGAAUAUAUUGACAACACAGAAGACUACAUUAACAUCCAGGUACGUGAAGCAACAAAAGUUGAUCUUUUGUGUAUCUUAAAUUAUGUGUUCUAAUGUUCUGAAAUUACCUCUAUGUUUUUGGUCUUUUAAUUUUCAGCUUGACAACCACCGAAAUCAGCUUAUUCAGGUAUUGUACCAUUUGUACGAUUCAUACUGUAUCUCAGUUUUUUGGUGGUGGAAUCUACAUUCUUUCACUUCCUUUAGCUAGAUUCCAACCGACUUUUAAGUGAUUCUAUUUCCUGAUACUGUGCCGGUUUGUUGCAGCUAGAGCUCUUUCUCAGUUCAGGAACUGUAUGUAUUACCAUGUUCUCCUUGAUAACUGGAAUUUUUGGCAUGAACAUACCAUAUACUUGGAAUGAUGAUCACGGUUACAUGUUCAAAUGGGUAAGUUUUCAGACUCUUGACAUCGUAAUCAUGCUUUUACCAAAUCAAUCAAAUUCUACAGUAACUGAGACUUUGUCGGAACAAUUGCCCAGGUGGUGAUAUUCUCUGGUUUCCUCUGUGCCCUAUCUUUUGUGCUCAUUGUUUCCUACGCUCGAUAUAAGGGACUUAUUGGAUAAACGAUGCAUCAGCUCAUGCUAGAUUGAACAGUAUCUACCUACACACUGGCAACUGGAGUAAUCUUACAGAUCCAUACGCUUUCUAGUCAGCUGACAGUAAAUCGGUUUUUAGAUGCUAACAUUUAGAUAUACAUCCGAUUUUUAGCCACAUUAUGAUGCAUAUUACACAUUGGGAUUGUCCUGUAGUCACCAAUCUUCAAUGGCUAAUUACACGUAAUAUACCAUUGUGUGAUGUUCUUAUGAAUCUCUUCAAUGAAUCCAUUUACGUUUCAGGAGGCAAUAAAGUUGUUGCGCUGGUUAUUAUUUCUGUUGAAAUAUCUUUUUAAUGAGUAAACCACAAACAAAGAUUGAUUGUUAUUGA